ACUUGUACUCCAAAACUAAAACUAAUCAAAACAUUACAAUAAAUUAAAUUAAAUAAAAAAAUGUGUCGUUCCACUUCCAAUAAACCCCUUCCCCCAAUAAACCCUAACUCCUCCUUAGCGGCUUUGCAUCUUCUUGUUCCUCCUCCUUGUCCUUCACUCUGUAAUCAAUCAAAUGUUUGGUGUUUCGAUGAGAACAUUAAUCUCACCAUCUCUUUCUCCCUUCUCUCUUCAUCUUCAUCAUCUCCCUAAACCUUCUCUCUUCUCCACCGUCCUUCGCUUCUCCUCCGCAAUCAACAACAACAUCAAAUCCCCCAAAAAUUCACCUCGUUCCGCAAUUUCCACCGUAAAAUCACAGACAACGGCAUCAUCAUCCUCAUCACCACCACAAUCUCACCCACUCUCCUUCUCACCUCCCGGAGAAAUCCACGUCGUGGUCGGUCCAAUGUUCUCCGGAAAAACAACAACGCUUCUCCGCCGUAUCCUCGCCGAGAAACUAACCGGCAAAAAAAUCGCCGUCAUCAAAUCGAACAAAGACACGAGGUACUGCACUGAAUCGAUAGUGACUCACGACGGCGAGAAGUUCCCGUGCUGGUCACUCCCAGAUCUAUCGAGUUUCAAGGAGAGAUUCGGUACCGACGAGUACGAGAAUCGGUUAGACGUGAUCGGGAUCGACGAAGCUCAGUUCUUCGGAGAUCUCUACGAGUUCUGCCGCGAAGCUGCUGAUAAAGAAGGUAAAACCGUAAUCGUCGCUGGAUUGGAUGGUGAUUUCAUGAGGAGGAGGUUUGGUUCAGUGCUUGAUUUGAUUCCGAUUGCGGAUACCGUCACGAAGCUGACGUCGCGGUGUGAGGUUUGUGGGAAGAGAGCUUCGUUUACGAUGAGGAAGACGGAGGAGAAAGUGACGGAGCUUAUCGGUGGAGCUGAAGUGUAUAUGCCUGUGUGUAGGAAUCAUUACGUUUGCGGUCAAAGCGUUUUGGAAACCGCUCGUGCCGUUUUGGAUUCGUCUUCUACCAAAACGCAUGAUGUUGUUGUAGCGAGUUCACUUUAAGUAAUGUGUUUUGUCGUUGCCGAUUUUCAGAGUUUGUAGGAUUUGGAUUAGAUAGAUAAUUUGGUUUAUUUAGCUUUGAGAGUUGAAGUUUAAGCUUAAAUUUAUGUACUAAUUAAUCAAUGAUUUUCAGAUUGUUCUAGUAGAAAAGUAAAGUAAGAUAAGUAUAUUAUUUUGUGUCGUUCUA